AUGACAGAGGCCCCUAAUACUGCGGCCGCAGGCUCUGCGUCUGCAAAGGCUGCUCCCAAGCAGAAUCCUGCUUUUCGAAUGAUGGGAAUGCCCAAUCUCCGCUUUAAGCUGCCGUCUCGCAACUGGAUGAUCUUUUUCACCAUUACCGGUUCCUUCACCACUGCACUGAUCUAUGACCGCAGAGAGAAACGACGUGCUCAGCAGAAAUGGUGCGACCUGGUCGCUCAUCUUUCCAAAGAGCCACUCCCAAUCGACCAAACGCGGCGAAAGCUCACGAUCUAUUUGUCUGCUCCUCCCGGCGAUGGGUUGAGGAUUGCGCGCGACUAUUUCAAGGAAUACGUCAAGCCGGUGCUGGUGGCCGCUGCGAUGGAUUACAGUGUUGUUGAAGGGCGGCGGGAAGGCGACGUCCGAGCCGGCACGGCGGAGCGUAUUCGGAAACUCAGACGAAAAGCAGGAGAGCCGAGCACAGUGGUAGAGGAGCAGGGAGUUGAAGACAUCAUCGCCGAUGCAAGAACACGCAUCGGCGUUGUUGACGAGCCGGGACCCAAGGGCGACUUGGUCAUUGGGCGACACACUUGGAGAGAGUACGUUCGCGGCCUUCAUGAAGGCUGGCUGGGUCCGUUAGACCCCCCUCCUCCGCCACCAGAACCUACUCCCGAAAUCUCUGAAGCGUCGGAGUCGGUUAGCUCGGAUGCAGGACCGACUACUCCCGAGACCGAGACCCCGGAGAACAAAGAGGCAGAGAAGAAGGAUGAAGAAAAGAAGGAAGAAAAGCCCAAGCCGAAAGGCCCAACACCCUCAUAUAUCGCACCUACCGAUUACUCCUCCCAAGCCAUUCCGCGAACGUUCCCGCAGUCUCUCGACAGCUCUGUCCCGAUUCCUUUCCCACACAUCCUUGGGUUCCUCAACACGCCGAUUCGCCUGUACCGGUACUUGACGCAGCGGUAUCUCGCUGACAGUGUGGGCCGCGAUGUUGCUGCGAUCGUUCUAGCCUGCGCCACCAGACCGUACGAGGAGGGUACCUUCCCCAGCGCAGACGCUGGCGGGGACGCUUCUCCCACCAACACUUCCUCCACAUCGUACCUUGAGCAGCAGACACUCCUCGAUCACGAAGAGAAAGAAUGGCACAAAUCUGUCUUCAAGCGCGACGAGUCCGCCCCGGACGCCGAGCGCGAGUGGCUCGACGACAUCGUCCUCGACCCCCGUCUUGCGUCGCGAAUGUCGCGGUACAUCAUGUCGCCUGAGGAGGAGGCGCGCGCAGAGCGCAUCGCAGAGGGCCAGGAAUACAUCAUCGGCCAGGAGAGGCCAACACCUGUCCCCUUCUGGCAGCAGAUGUGGAUUAAAUACGGAUAUGGCGAGGACGAGGAAACCAUCAGACGGAAGCCCAUCCUCGGCAAUCUGGACGACGAGUGA